CACGAUUUCACUUCUGGGGUUGUGACUAAUCGUUCUUCGUAUAGUCAGCAAGCGUCUGUUGCGGAAUCGGUAAUAUAUAAUCGAAUUAUUCAACCGGGCUGUCGUUUUGAGGAUGAAGACCUUGAUCGCGUUCGACUUUGAUCACACGAUAGUGGAUGACAACAGCGACACAUGGGUGAUCCGAUCAACUCCCGACCAGUGUUUACCCGACUGGCUGAAACAGUCGUAUCAAAAAGGCCGCUGGACCGAAUAUAUGUGUCGGGUCUUGACCUACAUCGGAGACCAGUCGGUCCAUCCGGAUCAUAUGCGCGCGGUCAUGGAGAGCAUCCCGUUCACGGAGGGCAUGAUCGAGCUGUUGACCUUCAUAUCCGAUAAUAAGAAAGAUUUAGACUGUAUCAUAGUCUCUGAUUCAAACACUCUCUUCAUAGACUGGAUUUUGCAUGCAUCAGGGAUGCAGUCCGCUGUAGACGAUGUCUUCACCAACCCCGCAAGCAUUGACGCACGGGGAUAUAUGAGCGUGCGGUGCUUCCACGCACACGACUGCCAGCAGUGUCCUGUAAACCUGUGCAAGAGGAAAGUGCUCAACGAUUACAAAGAAAAUCAAGCUAAAGCUGGUGUUUACUAUGAGAGGAUUUGCUACAUAGGAGACGGAGGGAAUGAUCUUUGUCCCAGUAAUGAUUUAAAUGAAGGGGACAUUGCAAUGCCUAGGAAAGGAUAUACACUAGAAAAGAUGUUGUGCAAGGCCGGUUCAGCAAAACCGAGAGCCAAAGUUAUACCCUGGUCCAAUGGCAAUGAAAUCCUAGAAGAAUUAAGAGCUUUGAUUUAGUAAUACAGUAUUAUAAGCCAUACAGUGACAAACUUCAGGUUGACUCAACCAUGUAUUAUAAAAGCACCUCCAUGCAGCAAAUAAAAUGGCAUGACUUGGUCGCUUAACAAUAUGUAACAUUUUACCUAUUGAUUUACUUUUAAGUUUACACAGGUAAGUUGUCUCAGGGAUUUAAAGUAACUUUGAUUUUGAGUGAUGUUAAAAAAAAGGUAAUUUAAUAUGUAACCCAUUCAGGUUUGUCCUAGAGCAUUAAAACAAACAUAAUAACGUGAAUGUUUCCGCAUGUUGGUUAUAUGUUUGUCUGUCAAAAUAUGCAGGUGGAUGAGCACCUCUUAAUAAAUCUAAAUUGUUGUAAUGUAA